GCAGAGGCAGGUGCACCGCUUUCCCGAGAACGGCGGCGAGCUGUGCCCGAGCGAGCUGACCGAGACGAAGGGCUGCAACGAGGCCCCGUGCGACACGCAGGAAGACUGCGUCGUGUCCGGCUGGGUGGAGUGGGGCGCGUGCUCCACCACCUGCGGCCCCGGGCACCAGUCGCGCAUGAGGGCCGUCACGCAGCUGCGCGGCCCAGGCGGCGCAGGCUGCUUCUUUUCCCUGGGCAUGACCCGGGCAUGCGACGGGAAUCUGCCCUGCAACAUCACCGACUGCGCGUGGGGCGACUGGGAGGACUGGGGCGACUGCAGCGCCUCCUGCGGCGGCGGCACCAAGAAGAGGUCGCGCGACAUCCUGGAGAUGCCCACUCCUGGCGGCAAGCCCUGCGAGGCCAGGCCCCGCGAGGAGAUCGGGGCGUGCGGUACCGAGAAGUGCCAGGGAAAUUGCGUGGACGGCGCCUGGGAGGACUGGCAGGCCUGGACGCCCUGCUCCGUGUCGUGCGACGGCGGCACCCGCUUCCGCAAGCGCCGGAUCGCCAGGAUGGCGAACUCGUGCGGCAAGGCCUCCCGUAGGGAUCGCGAGACCGAGUUCUGCAACACAGACGUGUCGUGCGAGGCCUCCCGGGACUGCGAGCUCGGGGAGUGGGAGGAUUGGGGCGACUGCUCCGCCUCCUGCAGCGGUACGAUGGAGCGCGCCAGGAGGGUGAGAACCUACGGGAGAGGCGACGGCGCCUUCUGCUCCGGGGCCCUGCGCGAGCUCCGGCCCUGCAACCCGGGGGAGGACGAGGUGGUCUCCGAGGGCUGCGUGGUGGUGCCGCCCACAGACUGCAAGCUCGGCCCCUGGCAGGAGUGGGGCGAGUGCUCGGCCACCUGCGGCGGCGGCCAGCACGUGCGCACGCGCGAGGUGGAGCAGCACCCCGUGAACGGCGGGAAGGCCUGCGACGACCCGCUGACCGAGAUCAGCGAGUGCGGGCGGGCAAAGUGCGCCGCAUCCCAGGGCGACCCAGUCGACUGCGCGUUCGGCGAUUGGCAGGACGGACUGGGGCGCCUGCACCAAGUGCAGCGGAGAGCGGACGCGUUUCCGCGACAUCGUCACCUUCGCCGAGAACGGCGGCAAACCCUGCGAGCAGUUCGACGCCGGGGAGGUCGGCACCUGCCCGCGCAAGUGCGACCGCGAGGCCUUCUGCUCGUGGGACAGCUGGAGCCGAGUGGGGCCCCUGCACGGCCUCCUGCGGCACGGGCGGCAAGAGGCGCCGCCAGCGCCUGCUCCGGCUCGUGGAGGGCGGCGAGCAGGACGAUGCCGAGGACGGGAGACGCCCCGCAGCAGCACACCGCCACGGGCCCGCUGCUGCCAGAGGUAAUGGGCAAGUACGAGCUCCUCUUCAGGCGCACGAAGGACCUCGAGGAGGGCCACGUGCAGGACACGAGGUCGCCGCCGCCUACGUCUGCGGCUGCCUCGCCCUGGUGGCGGCCGCCGGGCUCUUCCGCGGAGCGCAGCGCCUGGCCGCGCCGCGGGACCGGGACGCCGCCUGGCGCCCGCGCGGGGAGCCGCCGCAGGAGCUCCCGGAGACGCGGCGGCCCCUGGUGGGGGGCCCGCAGGGUUGCGCGGAGUGAGCUUCCACCCGGACAUGCCCCUGUGCAGCGGAGCAGCGAGGACCCGCCAGGCUGUUGGAGCGAGCGGUACGGCAUGUGA